AUGCUUCACAUCAAAAACAGUGAGCUUAGAGUGACUCUUGCGAGUUACUACCUAAAGAGAAAUGCGAGCCAAUGGUGGAAAUACGCCAAAGGUCGAAUAGAACCGACAUGGGAAGCAUUUGUAGUGGCUUUCCAAGACAAGUACCUACCUCCCACGGCUAGGGAGAGGUUGGGGCAGGAAUUUGAAGACCUCAAGCAAGGCAAUAUGUCUGUGGCCGAGUUUAAAGCGGCCUUCUAUAGUUUGUCCCAGUUUGCACCAGAGUUAGUAGCAACGGAGGAGCGUCGUUGCAUCGAGUUUGAGAAGAAACUAAGAACCAAGAUCUUGUUCAAGGUUGCCGAGAACAUGAUCCGAAAUUAUGACCGACUUGUGGAAGCGGCGACAUAUGUAGAGAUUAUCGUGGAAGCCAAGGAGGAGAGAAUUCGAGGGUCAAGGUCAAGGGGUCAAGGGUCACAGGGGGACUAUAGGCCCAACAAGAAGAGCAGGAACAUGUUUUCAUCCCAUUUCCCACCGCAGCAGUCUAGAUCCACCUUUUCCUUGCCUAGUGUGGGCCCGGGGAAGAGUUCACUGAGUGGCUUCUCUUGCUUCAAAUAUGGCCAACCGGGUCACAAGGCUUUUGCAUGUCCGUAG